AUGCCCAAGCAGAAGUGUAAAGAAUUGUACAAGAAUUCUGCCAUCCAAAAACAGCUUGAUGAUUUAGUUAAAGACAUUAAGCAGCUGCAAAUUGAUGUUGCCAAACCACCACCACAAAACAUUGCUGAAGCUGCUGUAUAUGUGGAAAACUUUAUAACGGCCUUGGUAAAUGCCUUCAAACUGCAUCAUACAGAAACUUUUCAGAAAGUUGGCAUUGCCCUGUUCUAUGAGAUUGUGUCUUUUGUCUGUGAUGAAACUCAGCGACAUCCACCAACAAGACAGUUCUUUACAUCAUGUAUUGAAAUUCUUGGACAGAUUUUUCUUAGUUGUGCUAAAACAGAAAGCAAAACUAUAUUGAAAAAGGUUCUUCAGAAUAGAAGAUUAUGCAACCUUUUGUCACCAUACUUCACCCCAAACAUAUCUCCAGAUGAAUUUGUCAACCUUUAUGAAGAAGUUGUCAAAGUCCUCCACACAAAUAGUGGGGAUGUCAUCUUCAUGUUACUAACGAAGUUUGAUCUUAUUUUGUGGUUGAAUUCUACCAAGCCAGCUAUGCCUGAACGGACGCGGCUGUUGGAGAUCAUUCAUUUAGCCCUGACUUUGUGUGGCUUUCAACCAGAGGAAGAAGUUCAAAUGGCUUUUAACAUUUUUUGCAAACACUGGAUGUAUGUUCUACAAUAUCAAUUCCCUGAUCACUAUAGUGACUUCCUUAGACUUCUGAUGCAGAGCUCUUCAGAACAGAGACUAAACCUUGACUGCUGGAAGGUUGCUUUGAAAACCUUAAAUUGUACCUCUGAAGAUGAACAUGAACCCCCAAUUGUAAAAUGUGCAGAAACACGCCAAUGUUCUCAAAAGAUCAGGCUAUCAUAUGAACAGGUACUGGAAACCAUACAGUGGCUUUCUGAUUUCUUCUUCAAACUGCGCCUUUCAAAAGCAGAUUUAAGGAGCUUUGGUCUGUUUUCAAAGUGGACUCCAUACAUGAAUGAAGUGAAGAAAUUAUUGAUGUUUCUUGUUAGGUUUCUUAUUGAUUCUGAGACUGCCAAACUUGCCCAAGAACCUCCAUGCAGCAUCAAAAAUGUGACAGGUGUGAAAAUGGUGUAUACAAAGCUGGUGGGACUUUUCAGGCCGUGGCUACUGGUGCUAAAUACAAAGGAAGCAAGCAAUAAUCAUUCAUAUCCUUGGCUAGAGAUUGACACUCCAGUAGCAUCUGGCAUGGUGAAGUUAUUUACUAAAAGUGUUGGUUAUCUACAUCAAAGAUUUAAAGAUAGACUAAUUCCUGGCCAACGAGGAGCUCUAUGGUUCCACUUGAUGCAUUAUUGUGAAACUUGCACUAUACCCAAAAUGCCAGAGUAUAUCCUGUAUACCUACCACUCAGAAUAUUCCAAUCUGCCAUGGAAAGAGUUGUUCCCCGACCAAGCCUUAAUGGAAGAGGUCUUUAAAGUAGAGAGAGGAAGCCCAAAGAGCUGUUUCCUGUUUUUGGGGACUUUGCUAUGUGAAGUUAACUGGAUUAAUGUUCUUUCUGAUGCUUGGAAUCCCCAGCCUCUCUUGCAGACACGGACAAUGAUUGUCUAUUUGUUAUUUAUGAUGGUUUUUCUAUCAAAAGAAGACAAACUUGUACAUAAACCAGAAUCCUCGUUACGUAGCCUUCUUGGACAAUCAAAUGCAAUACCUUGGCAUUUUGUGGACAUAACAUCAUAUCAAAAUGUCAUCAGCUACUUCAGUAGCCAUUACUCACCCUCCAUUGUCAUUCUAAAAGAUCCAUCAGCUGAGCUGAUACUGAAGCUUUUAAAAGUUGCUGCGGGUUUUUGUGAAACUAUGGACAUACACAGUGAUGCUACACACAAAUCUAGGGCAUAUGUCCACCAAGUCGUCCAGUACCUUGUCACUUUGGAUCAGAAUGCUCAGAUAGCCCAUGCUCAACUAAAUCGUGAAAUGAUAACGCUAUUGGAUGAUAUUGUAAUCUUCAACCCACCAGAAGUGGACAGUCAAAUGCGUCACAUGGCAAUAGCCAGCCUUUUUAUGGAAGUGCUGAUGAUGCUGAAUAACACAAGUAUAACAUCAGCUGAGUCAUUGCGAGUGAGUUUGCGGUCAUGGAUUGAGACUAAGGUGUACUAUGAUCUUUCACUUCCACUGCUGACUGCAACUUGUCAAAGUCUGGCAUCUGUUAAACAUAUGGCCGAAACAACUGAAGGAUGCAUCAUGGCUUAUUUCAAGGAGGGAGCAUGUCUUGAUCUGUACUUUGGAUGGGGACCAAUUUUAGUAUCUCUUCAAGUACCAGAACUAACAGCAGAAGAAUUUCUCAAAGAGUGCUUGGAUUUAGGAAGUUAUUUGACACUUUAUGUGUACAUUCUUCAGCAUUUGAACAUGGAGCAGACUGUGUCCAAUGAAAUGAAAAUACUGGUUCUGCUUGGUGAAUGGAUAGAACAAGUCUUUCCUUGUAACACAAAUGAUGAGGCUAAGCUCUUCCUGUGGUGGCAUAAAAUAUUGCAAUUAGCAUUAAUCCAGUUUGAGCAGAACGAUGUAACUGCAUUGGAAAUUUUGAUCAGGAUAUUAAGUACAUUACAAACAAAGCAAAGUCAUCUGGCAGAGGAGAAAUUCUCUUCUGGACUUCUGGGAGCUAUUGGUCUUGGAAGAAAGUCUCCCCUCUCAAACAGGUUUCGAGUGGUGGCACGAAGCAUGUCAGCUUUCCUAGUGGUACAGCUUCCUGCAGAAAACCGCAUUCGACUAAAGCCUAGCUCAGAACUGCAGCUAUCUCCAAAAGCACAGCAGGCCCUGAAUGGACUCGAAUCAAUAUCAUUGAGCAAGCAGUAUGCAGAUUACCAAGAAGAAAUUUCACAGGCUAUAUUAUUUAUCAAGAACCCGAACCAUUGUCUUUUAGAUGGCAACAAACUAUUAGCUAUUCUUCUUAGUUUCCUUUACCCUGACACACAUUACCUAGAUAUUAUUCGCUAAAUGUUUUGCAACAGCAGGAAGUCCAAUGUUUUCGUGAAGACAAAUUGAGAGACAGUAUCUCCACUGAAAGAAUUCUAACUAUAUAACUACAUCAGUAGAUUAGUUCAGGUUGUUAGCUUACUUAGAAAUUCUUUAGAAAUAAACGAUCAUUAUUAAACGAUAUCAGCCUAUUACUUGCUAAUCCACAAUUCUGCAUUUAUGUACUAAAAUCUUAUGUACUGAUAUGUAAUAUCAGUGAGUUUCAAAAGUUUCUAUUAUUGAUAAAGCAUAUUCUUCAUCCUAAAUCCUCUGUUAUGCAUUAAAUAUUGCAUCUUGCAUCCCGUGAAUGAAGAAAAACAAAUUAACUGGUGCAUGUGAGGAUAUGAGCAACAGACGUUCGGGUGAAGUUUAGUUAAGAUCGAAAUUACAAGGCCAAACAGAUGUGUUAAUUAGUUGAAUUUAAAAGUAAUCAAUCACCACUUGAAUCCAUUCUUAAAAGACAGAUCAUGUGAACAUUUACCUGCUAAUUCUGCUUGUGCAUUCCACAACCUUGCAACCCUUGGUAUAAAGAAACAAAACUCUUGUUCUCCAUCUUUGAUUUCUUUCAAUUAGUCUUAAACUUUGUUUUAGACCCAAGAAUCACAGGAAACAGUUUUUAUGUAUUCUGUUCCAUCCUUUUAUAAUUUUAAAUGCCUCUAUCAAAUAUCCAGUAAUUUGUUGAAGUUAUAUUUGAAGGAAGGUUGUUCUUCUGAAUGGAACAAACCACUUAAAUUUUGUUCAACAUAUCUUCAUAAUUCAGCACAAAAAUUGUGAAAAACCUAUGUAUACUGGAUUUGCAGUAGGAGUAGCCAGUUUGGCCUCUACUCUGUCUUACCCCACAUACUCUUUGAUUCUAUUGUCAGCUAAGAAUGUGGAAUCUUGCUGCAGUUAGCAGUUCUAGUUUAGCUGGUGACCUGUUCCUGCCACAUUGUUUCUUCACCACAGGUGUAUUGGAAUCUGAAGUGAUGAAAGAGAUAAACGGAACAAUUUUUAUUCUCAAUUAUCACAAGCAGUUAUUUCAGUUACGUGAAAUGGAAUUCUGUGGCUAAUUAUCAUUAAUGUUGAAAUUAUCUAUGGAAAUGCAAUGAUUAAUUGAUAUGUUCACUUGGAAUUCAGAUCUCUAUUUUAAGAAAUUUGAAACAAUUUAUGUUUUUUAAAUGGGCUUCUUUAAAGUAGCACUUUGAAAUCAGAAAGUAGCAACAGCCUUUAUGUGAGUGCCUUUAUCUUUUCACAUGUAAGCACAUGAUGCAAAUGAAUUAUGAUGUACGCUUUAAUUUUCGUAAAUAUUUUAUGACAUGCAACUGAUGCUGUCAAGGUUAUUUAACAAAAUAAGUUGUGACAUUAUUGGUGCCAUAAAAUGUGGAAAUUCAAUAUAUAGAAUAUUAUACUAAUAAAGUUGAAGACUUUCAUUGUUACAGAAUGAAUGUGCAUUGGCAAACAGUGGACUUCCAUGCAUAUUCAGCUGGGAAAAUGAUCUGAUUUUAGUCAAACCAUACCUUUUUGUUUAAAUGACAUUCAAGUUAAUUGAUGAGUUGUUAAUGAUAGUGAAUCUUGGAUGCUAUUAAUGGUGGAACAAGAAACAGUAAACUCAUAAUUACAGUCAAGAUCUAAUUUAGGAAAUGAGUUUAACAACUGUUACAUGAACCAGAUAUUAAUGCGUACAGAAACUACAACAUUCCUCAAUGAAUGCAGGAAAGUAUUUUAUGUCACAAACCUAUGUUUUAAAAUAUCUAAUUAUAGCUGAAUAUUUUUUUCUCUGUUUAAAAAGCAGAACAUUUAAGUGAUUUAAUCUGUAUGGUUCAAGUUAUUGAAAGCAGAUCUUGGGUGCUGCUAUUAGUGAUGUAAUGCUGUGCACUUUACAGAACUGAAUAAAAUUAAGUUCAAAUGAAAUCAGUGGUAUCUUCCACAAUGUGAAGAAUUUCUUGCACUCUUUCUUUAGACAUUCAACUUCAAAGUUUUAUUUACAUUGGAAUUAAUUUGCUGGAAGCUACUGCUAGGCUGAUGUUUGAAGUGUCAAAUAAGAUUCAGUUAAUACUUGAAAUAUGCAACAUAAUGCCUCUAAACUGGCUCCCCCUGUAAAAACAAGUUUUUUAUGAAAUUGGAAGUAAAUAUGUAUUUGACAUUCAAUAGCUGUACAUUGACAAUAAUAUGUUUAUUGAGUGCAGUUUUAUUUUUGAGCAGUGUUGUAUAUAAGCUGCAUUGUGGUCUUUUACUCCUUUGUGUCCUUAAACUUUGAAUCUUGAUUGUUAAUGUACAAUACGAAGAUACAGAAAAAAUAAACUUGUUUCCUUUCUAAA